AUGUUUAAAACAAAACAGAAAAUUAAAAUUUUAAAUAUACCUCAUAAAAGUAAAUGUUCAAUGAAACCAUUGAACUAUUUAAAAUCAACAUUCACAAAUAAGUUGAAAAAUGAAAAUAAUCAUUCAUAUGUAGUAAAGUAUCAUCAAAUUACUCAUCAUAGAGAUGAAAAUAAAGAAGAAGAGAAUGAUAAUGUGAACAAUAAUAAUAAUAAAAAUGAUAUUGAAGAGGAAAGUUUGAAUCUCAAUGUAAUUCCUAAAAUUGGUAAUGAUGAAUUCAUUGACGAUGUGUUGAAUGAACAAGAAGAGAUAUUUGAAAUAGGUGAUAAUAUAUCAGAGAGAACACUUUCAGAUCUUAUUCAUUCAUAUACACUAUCUGAUUUAUCAAUGUAUAUUAAUGAAAUAGACGAGUGUAUUUCAGGUUUAUCACAAGAACAAAAUCAUUUGGAUUCAUUAAUGAAUAUAAUAAGUGAAAUUGAGAAAACAGUCGAUUUCUCAGAUAUCGAUACUGACUACAAUGAUAGUCAGACAAUACCAAUUAAUAUGAAACAACAAUUAUUUCAUGAUUUCAAAUUAAUAUCAAAUAGGCAGAAAUUAAACGUCACGUACAAGCUGAUAUUUAACGUCUACCUAUCAAAUACAAAUGUUCAAAUAGUUUAUACGAUUGGAAGUAUUCAAAAGUCAAUGGUUUAUAAUUACUCAUUUACUUUAUUUAUAAUUUACAAUUGUUAUUUAUUAGUUACACUAACACCUUAUAUUUUAAAUAGUUUAAAUAUUAAUUAUUUACAAAGUUAUUUACCUAUUUAUAUGAUUCAUUUAAAUCUUUUAAGUUUCAACGUUACGCGGGAUAAUGGUAAUGAACUGAAACAUUUACAAGUUAGUUGUCACUAUGACAACCAUUAUAAUCAAUCAUCAAUAUGGGAACCCCUAGAACAGUUUCUUACAUGUAAAAUAAGCCUUGAAAAGACAGAAUGUUUGAAAAAUAAAUCAUCUUUAUUGAAUUUAAUGAAUACUUCAGAUUUAACUAAGCUUAUAUCUAAUUGUGAGAAUGAAUUAACACAGGAAUUAUUCAAUUUUUAA